AUGCCGGCAGCGUGUGCGUUGGUGGGGACGAUGAACGAGGGAGUGGAGAAGGCGCUAUCCGUGAUAGUGUGCGUGUUGAUGAAGCUCACAGAUGUGGGGAAAGAAGUUGUUUUGAAUCGCUCCAUGCUGCUGGAGUGGCAAUGCAAGAUGCUGUUGUUUGGCCGUGGUCAAGGUGAGGGAAGGGGUCGGGGCCGUGAUAGUGGUCGUGGUCGAGAGCGUCAGCGUGGGAGGUCAACGGAGUCUGAUCAAGACGAGUCUGAUACCGGCACACGUGCAGAAUCUGAUGGUGGCGAUGACACUUCAACACGCAAUGGGGAAGUCGUGCCAGACCGUCAGACCCUGUACCAGCUGUACACAAACACCCUCGUGGCCUUUUCACCUUCUCGUUAA